CAUUCCUAUUAAUUGGCAUUUCCUUGCGUCACAUUACCAAGUGUCAGACUUCAAAUUUAAGUGGUACAUGACGACUGGUGUGGAAGUUCUCUCUGUAGAGUUUCGUGCAGUUUACAGUAGUUCAGGCUUUAGCAUGAAACCGGCGCGAUACAAGCUUUCAUCAAAGAAAACGCCUGUAAAAGUACGACCAGGCUCAAAAGAUCUUGUGAAAGUAUUCUGCCGGAUAAGACCACUUCAUAAUAAUGAAGAAUCCUGUGUUAAAGUGACAUCACAAACAACACUUUCACUUCUCCCACCAGAGACAAGAGGUAGUCAUCGUCUGGCAAAUUGUAAAGAAAUCCACCACACAUUCAAAUAUGUGUUUGAUGCCAAAGCCACCCAGAAGGAAGUUUUUGAUCAUGUGGCCUUACCAUUGGUAGAGAAUCUAAUCCAUGGCAAGAAUGGCCUGCUGUUUACAUAUGGAGUUACUGGUAGUGGUAAAACUUUCACAAUGGCUGGAGAGCCACAUAAUGGAGGAAUAAUGCCACGAUGUUUAGAUGUCAUUUUUAAUAGCAUAUCCAGUUAUCAAGCCAAGAAGUUUAUUUUUAAACCCGAUAAAAUGAAUGACUUUGAUAUUCAGAGUGAGACAGAUGCUGUACUAGAUUGCCAGAAUGAAAUACACUGUGCUAGAUCACUAAAAACACUGAGGAAGGUCAUUUGUUUCAGGAAAGAAUCAGAUGUAGACUUAAGCCAGCGGAUACCAGAUGGCACAAAGAUUGAAAGUGUUGUGGAAGAUAACUCUUAUGCUGUCUUUGUAACUUACGUUGAAAUUUAUAAUAAUGCUGUCUAUGACCUUCUAGAAAAUGUCCCUGAGGAUAUUAUAAGAUCAAGGCAGUUUCAGUCAAAGAUUGUGAGAGAGGAUGCAAGUCACAACAUGUAUGUACAUUCUGUGACAGAAAUAGAAGUAAAGUCAACUGAAGAAGCAUUUGAUGCUUUCAACAAAGGACAAAAGAGGAAAAGAAUGGCUAUUACUACUUUAAAUUCUGAGUCUAGUCGAAGCCACUCAGUCUUCACUAUCAGAUUAGUGCAGGCACCACUUGAUAGUCAAGGAGAACAUGUUUUUCAAGACAGGAAGGCUAUGUGUAUCAGUCAGCUAUCCUUAGUGGACUUGGCUGGGAGUGAAAGAACAAAUAGAACAAAGAAUAGUGGGCAAAGGCUUCGGGAAGCAGGGAAUAUCAACAAUUCCUUAAUGACUCUUAGAACAUGCUUGGAAAUUCUGAGAGAAAACCAAUUGUAUGGAGCCAACAAAAUGGUGCCCUACAGAGAUUCAAAAAUGACUCUCUUGUUCAAAAAUUACUUUGAUGGAGAAGGUCAAGUGGAAAUGAUUGUGUGUUUGAAUCCCAGUAUUGAAGAUUAUGAUGAAACAGUUCAAGUAAUGAAAUUUACAGAAACUACACAAGAAGUUCAAAUAUCACAGCCUGCAAUCAGGAAACUGGAUUUUGGAUUGGCUCCUGGCAGGAGGAAAGCAAGCCAUAUCUUCAAACAAGCCUUGCAGAAGAUGGAAGAUAAUGGUCAUAAGGAAACUUCAGAUAUUGACGUUGACAUUGGCAUUGUGUAUAGUUUGUUACCUGCACUUCCUUGCUUGGAACUAACUGACCCCAGCAUGGAUACACUAAUUAAGGACUUGGCAAUGUUCCUUGAGUUACGCAUGAACAGGAAAAAUAUUUUACUUAAAGACUGGCAUCAAAAACAUCAAGACUUUUAUAAAAGGUUAACGGAAGUAGAGAAAGAGAAAUUGUUGGCUGAACAGAAAUGCAGUAGUUUGAAAACUGCUGUAGAGCAAGGAAGGAACAAGAUAAGUGCCCUAGAAGCAAGACUUGUUGGUUAUGAAUCAUAUGUGAUGAAUCUUGAGCAACAGGUAGAAGAGAAGGAAGUCACUCUUGUUACACUGAAGCAAGAACUUGAAAAUCAAGAAAUUCUUUUACAAGAACUUCUUGAAAAAGAACGGUUGAGAAAGGAGUACAGUGACAGAACUGAAGUUGAUAAAGAUAAGAAUUCAUUCUUUACACUGAAAAACUUGAAGGAACAAGAGUCUGUGUUAAAGACCCAAAUGAGAUAUCAAGAGCAGAAGUUGAGGAAGGUGAAACAAAUUUUGACAGAAGAUAGCUGUUUGUCCACCCAUGCUCCUAGGCAGUCUACAAAAUCUUUGGCUAUUAUUUGCAAACCCCCAGUUUUAAAAACAAAUAUCAGCUCACAUGUAUUCUCAUCCCAGAGCUGUAAAAGGGGACCAGCUGUAAGUAAUCGAAGACAUAGACGAUCUCAGUCAGCAGGAGAUGGGACAUGGUUGGAGCACAGGCCAGUUCCUGCAAUUGAACUCAGUACGCUGAUGCAACCGCUUAUGAAACGGUAUAAAUCUGUUACAAAAUUGACAGACGUGAAAGAUAUUGCCAAUUCUAAAACAUCAAAAUACUGCCUAAUGACUCAAGAACAAGAUUCAAGUGGAGAACUGGAAACACACCUCUACAAGGCUGAUGUUGUUCCUACUGUUGGAGGUGGUGCACAAGUCAUCUUCAAUGACGUUGAAACACUGAAGCAACAAUCACCAACUACAACCCCAUCUCGAAAACGAAGUGCUUCCACUAGCAAGUUAAAAGAUACAGAAGCUGAAUGUGCAAUGUUCAUGGAAGGACACAAACGAGCUAGACACUGACCUUUUGAAAUCCUAAUUUUAUGAAGUAACAUAACAGAUAAACAAUGACAUUAUUUGCAUGCUUAAAUUGUACUCUAGUAUGAACAGGGAGACGAAUGCAUGUCUGGGGGGGGGGGUUAUUUUCUAUAAUUCUUCAUAAUAGCUAAAGUUCUAUGACUUUGUAAAAAUUAUAGUGUUACUUUUUGGAACAUUAUAUAAUAUUAUCUCAUAUUUUGGUAUUUCACUAUGCAUCUUGUUCAAAUUUUAAUGUUAUUAUGUAUAUUAUUUAGCCUGUUUGUAUACUCAUUGAUCCUCAGGUUAAUAUAAUCAUCUAUUUUUAUACAUGUGUUUAAUAGGAUUUUAAAUUAAGACCUGAUUAAUAUUGCAAGGAAUAAAUUAUUUAUUGUAAUGUAAUCAUGUAACUGUGAUUGUGUAUGUGUCAAUGUUAAAAGCUACAUCACAGCAAGGGGAAAUGUAUUCCAUUUUAUACUUAUUAAUGAUGAUAAUAAUAAUGAUAAUAAGCUGAGAA